AAAACACACAGAUACAGAAAUACACACAAAGAUAAAAGAUUCUCUGCAUUUCUGAAAAAUAAAGAAAAAAAAGAUACCAAUAUUCUUGCCCCUGGGCAACAAUCAUUUAUACAUACACUCAUUUAUCAUAUAAAAAUCUAUACACACAGUCAAACUUGUUUAUUCACGAUUCUUGGGCGACCCAAUUGAAAGCUUGAGCAACAGAGAUGACGAUCGGCUCAGGAGGAUCUGGCAUCGUGGUACCGAGGAACUUCCGAUUGCUAGAAGAACUUGAACGUGGAGAGAAGGGUAUUGGUGAUGGUUCUGUAAGCUAUGGGAUGGACGAUGCAGAUGACAUAUACAUGCGCUCAUGGACAGGAACUAUAAUUGGUCCUCAUAAUACUGCACAUGAUGGUCGCAUUUAUACGGUGAAGCUGUUUUGCGACAAAGAUUAUCCAGACAAGCCUCCUACUGUUCGUUUUCAUUCUCGCAUCAAUAUGACCUGUGUGAAUCAUGAUACUGGAUUGGUUGAAGCAAAGAAGUUUGGGAUGCUAGCUAAUUGGCAACGGGAAUUCACAAUGGAACACAUAUUGACUCAGUUGCGCAAAGAAAUGACCACCUCUCAGAACCGAAAGCUUGCCCAACCUCAAGAUGGAACCUACUUCUAAAGAAGACCCAACUGCUGAAUGUGCCUGUUAUAGUGCAAGCCAAACAUAUCAUUAGCCAGGACCUUCUCUGUAUUGGUCAUAUAUAGAGUUCUUGCUUUUCAUCGUUAAAACCAUAUUUGCUUCUUUUUUUUUUAUUGGAAUUUUGGAUUGGAUUAUCGAAUCUGAAUUUAUUCAGUUUUCUUUUCAA